AUGCCCCCAUGGCGGGUCUCUGCGGACCGCUCUUUCGGACCCGCCGCAGCGCCGUCGCCGCCCGUUCGCUGCCCUGGGCUUUUGCGUGAUGCAUCUCCUCCACCACCCUCUCUCCCAGACAGUGAGGUGGAGGAGCCUGAAGAGCCACAGCAUAAGCUCCAUGCUGCAGUGUGGCUUGGAGACACCCAAGCAGUGCAAGCAGUCUUGGAGCGUCGUGCUGAUGUGAAUGCCGAAGAUGUGCAUGGGGUUACUCCCUUGAUGCUCGCUGUUGAGCUCAUGGAGCGUUCGGAGGAGUAUGAGCAAAUGGUCGAGUGCCUGCUGAGCCAUGGUGCACAACCACGACAGCGUUCUGGUGCUGGAUGGUCCCCUUUGGAUGAGGCUGUGAGCCGAACUGAUGUGAAGCUCGUACGAACUCUUUUUGACGCCGUGCAGAAGGAUUUGCGCCGUCGAUGGGAUGUACGCUUGGCCUCCAUUGCCAAAUCGUUGUGCUUACUUCCGGACUUUGAGUGUCAGAUACGCUGGGAGUUUGAAUCACCGGUGAUUCCGCUGCUGAGCAAGAUUGCACCCUCAGACGUGAUACUUGUUCGAAAGAGAGGAAGCUGCCUCCGCCUCGACUCGACUCUCGCUUCGUGGAAACGUUUCAGGUUUAGCAAACGGCGGAACCUGACUACAUUGUUCAUCGGAGAGAGAUUGAGUGAGGGGCUAGAUGGGAUGAGCUCAGGCACACCCCGUGCGUUGUUCAUGAUAAACCAUGACAAGGAGGCGAUAGUGGAUAUGACCCAAAGCCUUGACAGUGAAGAAGUGGCAGCUGUUGUUGAAGAUUUGGUGAAAGCUGAUGCCGUGCAAUGGGACAUGAAGAUUGCCAGCUUGGAUGUGUCAGAGUCCACUACAUGGCUGGGAUCCUUGCUUGGGCCUUGUGAGCUAAAUGGUUGGACCUGCAUGCGCUAUGGGGUCAAGGGGGAGCUUGGGAUGACCCUUCGCAAAAAGGGCUGGCGCAUCCAGGACGUAACAUUCCAGGAAUAUUUCGGGCAACCUUUGCCUGCGGAUGCUUGCUUACCCGAGCUGCGGCGGAAAUUUGCGGCUGCGAAAGAGGAGCUUGCGCCGGAGGCGCUCAAGCUGUCCCGUGCAGAAACUGACCAUGGCUUUGGCUUUGCAGAUGACGACUCCGAGGCUGGAUCGGUUCACUCGGAAGUAUUGGACCAAUGGCCCCAGGAGAACGCUCCCCUGCCGGUGACGGUCAAAGUAAACGCACCGGUUCUGACGCCUCAGCCGCCACAGCCCAGCCGCCCGCUGGAAGCACGAGAUCGGUGUGGGAGCUCUACACAUCGAGUUUCUGGCAGCGUUUGGCUGGCGACGGACUUUCCCAUUGACAUGGAGCAGUUUGUGCCAGUCUUGGACACCUUGGCCGUGGAGCACAGUCCCAUGAAGCGCCUCAAGGAGAUCCUUAAGAGUGAGAGCCUCCGUGCUGCAGCGCAGCGCGCCCGGAGCUCGGUGGAGACCUGGAGCCGUGGACCGUCCCGAGAGUCGGAGCCCGAGAAUCGCGGCCCUCGCGGGCUCCGGACCGUGUUCCCGGUGCGUGCGUCGGUGCCGGUGAACUUGGCCAUCCGUGCCACGAUGCAUGUGGAGGCCUUCACCCUGAAUGAAGGCCUUCCGAUGAAUGCCUUCCAGUUGCCUGCAGGGUACAAAGAAGUCCCUCGGAGUCAAGUACAGAAAACGGCGAGCCGUGCCAAGAAGCGCAUGCUCAUCGCAAAUUUGGCCUUGUGA